CAAUGUCACCUAAGAUAGCAGCUGAAAGUUCGCCGGACAAGGUGGUGGUGAGAGAGUACGACGAAGAGAGAGACAAGGCGGCAGUGGAGGAGCUCGAGAGGCGGUGUGAGGUUGGCGGGCAACUAGGGAAGGCGCCUUCGUUUGUCACUGACCUCAUGGGGGACCCUCUUUGCCGCGUACGCAACUUCCUGUUCCAUGUCAUGCUGGUUGCAGAGUAUGGAGCAGAGAAAGAAAUUGGUGGGGUUAUUAGAGGUUGUAUCAAAACUGUGACAAGAGGAAAGAAUGACUCGAGUGGUUUCCCACUCUAUGUAAAGCUGGCUUAUAUUUUGGGACUAAGGGUUUCGCCUACACACAGGCGGCUCGGAAUUGGCUCGAAACUGGUUCAACAUUUAGAAGAAUGGUGUAAGAAAAAUGGCGCAGAUUUUGCUUAUAUGGCGACAGAUUGCAGCAACAAGCCUUCGAUAAAUUUGUUUACGCUAAAAUAUGAAUAUGUCAAGUUUUGCAACCCUACCAUGUUGGUGCACCCUGUCCAUGCCCACUACAAGCCAAUCGACUCGAGUAUUGCGAUAGUUCAACUGUCACCACAAUUUACAGAGUCAAUCUAUCUUAGAGUCUUCGCUAACUCACAAUUUUUUCCCAAGGACAUUGAUGUCAUUAUAAACAACAAGCUCAAUUUGGGCACUUUCAUGGCCAUGCCCAAAAAGUACCUCCCCAAGUGGUACACACAAAGUGGCACUUUACCGCCUAGUUUUGCUAUAUUAAGUGUGUGGAACACCAAAGAAGUGUUCAAAUUGCAAGUGAAGGGGGUGUCUGCGCUAACGUACGCAUGCUGCGUAGGAAGUAGGGUUUUGGACAAUUUGAUGCCUUGGUUAAGGUUGCCCUCAAUUCCUAAUGUUUUUAGGCAAUUUGGUGUUUAUUUCUUGUAUGGGCUUCACAUGGAAGGAAAGGGCGCUUCGCGGCUCAUGAAGUCACUAUGUGACUUCGCCCAUAACAUGGCUAGAGAUGAUGAUGGGUGUGGGGCCCUGGUCGCUGAGGUGGGCCAGAGGGACCCUGUUAGAGAGGCCAUUCCACAUUGGCGGAAAUUUUCUUGGGUUGAAGACCUGUGGUGCAUAAAGAAACUUACAACCGCGACGCAGGAAGCCAAUGGGAGCUGUGGGCCGUCUGAUUGGUGUAAAUCACAGCCGUCUUCCUCGGUGAUCUUUGUUGAUCCACGUGAUUUUUGACAC